CUGCCUCUGAAAAAAAAACCACGUAGAUGUCCAAGUCGAUUUUAUCAGGUCCUCCGAACCCCCUUAGAAUGGCUGACAGACCAUCAAAUGGAUGCUUUUAUUAAUCUACUGAGGCAACGGUACCAAAACCAUCCAGAACAUUUCAGGAGCGACAGAAUGUGCUUUCUUGAUCAUGUAUUUUCUCGGCAGUGGAGGGCCUCCUACCCUGAUUUUAAGAGCGACGCUCCUGAUGCCAACGGUUUAGGAAGAAGACUCCCUGGUGGGGCGUGGAAUUAUCAUGCAGGCUUGAUACCUUCUUUUUGUCAAUCUAAGAAGGUUUGGGGGGUGGAUGUGGAUGAUAUCUAUGCACCUGUGAACUUCAAGAACCAGCAUUGGAUUGCUAUAUGGAUAUCGAUCCCUAAGAGGCACAUCGUCGUCUGGGACAACAUUGUCUCUCAUAUUAGCCCUAAAGAACUCGAUGAGGUAAUGGAGCCUUUUGUCACAAUGGUCCCUUAUCUGCUUGUUGAGUGCGCGCUCUCUGACGAACAAAAGGUUCAAUACACAUUGGAGCCAUACACAUAUGCGAGACAAACCGUUGGAGUACCUCAGUGCCGAGCUGGAGAUUGUGGCACCUUCACUCUGAAGUACAUCGAAUGUCAUGCUCUUGGGAUAGAAUUUCCCACCGCGUUUGACAAAAAACACGGGAAGACCAUCAUGGAGAAGAUGGCUCUGGAUAUAUUUCGAGAGCUUCCUAUGUGCCAUGAAUGGGAAAACCAAGACAAUGAUGAGAACCUGGCAACGUAUGAUUAGAUUGUGUGCUGUUGCGAUUGUAUUUGAACUUGAUGCUUUUGUGUACUGUUGUUAGGUAGAUUAGGGGAUGUUAACAGGGUCAGGAUAGGAUGAUGUUUUUUGUAACCUAUCCUCGUACCAAACUAGAAUUCCGUAGGAAAUUAGUUUGGUAGUGCAGUAACCUUUCGGAAUAUGUAAUGUUUAACUUGUCUUUUUUAAAUGCACUGUUGGAAUUAGUUUGGACGA